AUGGCGUCGGGUUCUGGUCAGCGCCCUAUGGAGCGGGAGAAAUACACGAUACACGUAGGAAGUGGUUGGGGUUUUAACGAUGGGACGUUCCUCCAUAGGCCUUCAACCGCAAGAACCAUGAAAGAUGUUCCAGAACCUUACCUUCCUGCCUCGGCCCUUGCAUCUGCAAUCGGGCUGAACCAUCUUCAGCUUGUCCAUAAUUCGCAUAUCAGACCUGUUCCCAUUGAUGUCUCGACCAAGCAUCUCUGGAUGUGUCAGCCUGAACACGUGAAGGAUGUCACCAUGGUUAUCCCUCCCUGCGGCCCAUACGAUGAAUUUAAGACCAAGCCGGUAGUGAUCUGGCCACUGGAGGACGCCAAGGGCAGCGGCGUGUUCGAUAUUGUAGAAAUGUCCGGUAUCUACGACCCGCGCCGUGACCCAGAGAUUGGCGCGGAUGGAAAACACCAUCCCAUAUACGCGUGCACAUCCAGGGUUGAGAGACAUUUAGAAGAAUUCCUCCGAAAGAGAAACUAUAUUAUCGAUGCAAGUUCAAGGAGACGCGUAUUCUGCGCCCCCAUGCCACUGGACGAAGUCUCGACGGGCGAGCGUUGCUUCUCCAACGUUAAACAAUUCCUCAACUGCAUAACCGAGUUCAUGAUCGCCAACGGCAGAGUGCCGACGAAAGAAACCAUGGCAGAGCUGCCGAAUCUCAGCAGAUGGGCGAACCCGUAUGCGGAGCGGAUAGAGAUGACGGGGAUUCAUGCUUGGUCACUCAUGGCCGCAUUCGGCUACAAGGCACGCAUAGUCGUCGAGUCUCUGAUUGACAAUUAUGGAUGCGAUGUCAUGGCCGAUGUCAUCAAUCGGAUUUUCAAUUUAAAAAUGCGACGCGGACUUGACGCGGGCGCGGAGCCGGGUAGUGGGAGCUUGGGCCAAGUCGCGUUUUACCUUUAA